GAGGUGUUCUCUGAAGUUAUGGAACAAAUCAGAUGUGAGACGCCAGAACCUUUUAAAGCUCAGUCAUCCAAGUUCAGCCUUGAACCGAGUGACCAGAUUUCGGGGUGGUCUGCCAGAGCCCCGCCUCUUCUUUGUGCUCUAAGAGGACUUUGCAGGGCAGAACUCGCAGAGGGAGCUAGAGAGGGGAGGGGGGGCCGUUUCUGCUCAAGGCUGGGCUUGCUGAGCCGCUUUCCCGGCUUCAGCAGUCUGUGCACUUGACUCGGACUUCUUGGGAACAGCCAAGUGAUUUAAAAGCCCGAAAGGAGAUGAGCAAUCCUCGAGACUCAGGCAGAAAAAGUCCCAGCGACACAGGAAGCCAUCUGGUUCCUGAUGCAUAACUAGUCGGGAGUGUCAGCUCUGCCUGACACUGACCUCGCUCUGCCGUGGCACCUUCAAGCAGCUGCUGGGCUCCUCACCGGGCUCCCUUCUCUUUCUUCACUGGCUGAUGGAUCUCAAGGGGCUCCUCUCCUUGAACUUCCUGCUGUUUCUCUCCCUGGCUUUUGAGCUGAGCUGCGGAACAGGUGAGAGCUUGAUGAAUUGUCAAGAGGUCACCAAGCAGUUGGGAAGAAAUUUGCUGCUGCCCCUGGCAUCUGAAGGCAUAAGUAAGAGGAUGAACAAGAGCAUCCACAUCCUGGUCACAAAGUCAGAAUCACCGCAAAAAAAUGUCAAGAGGAAAAUCGUGUCUCUGAGUCUGCCAGAAAGGGCCUCUCUACGCUUCCUGGAAAAUGGCUAUAAAUUCCAUCCGGAAAACCUGAAGCUGGAGAUCCUGCAAAGCAAGAAGGAAAAUGAGGGCUGGUACUUCACGACCCUGGAGGAGAACUUUUCAGUUCGCCAUUUUUGUCUGCAGCUGAAGCUCUUUGAACAGGUCUCCACUCCGGAAAUAAAGGUGCUGAACUGGACCCAGGAGAACGGAAACUGCAGCUUGACGCUGGCCUGCGAAGUGGAGAAGGGGGACCAUGUGGCUUACAGCUGGAGGGAGGAGACGGGCGCCGACCCACCGGUCUCGGCCAACAGCUCCCACCUGCACCUCAGCCUGGGCCCUCAGCACGUCCACAACGUCUACGUCUGCACCGUGAGCAACCCCAUCAGCAACCACUCGCAGACCUUCACCCCGGGGUCCAUGUGCAUGCCAGAUCCUCCAGAACGAAGACCCUGGGGACUGUAUGUCGGGCUGUCCUCAGGGGCCGUCAUUGGUGUCAUCUUGGUGCCCAAAGUAGCAGUGCUACUGUUGAGAAGAAGAGGUAAAGCAAAUCAUUACCAGCCAACCACAGAAGCAAAAAGCCUUACUAUCUAUGCCCAAGUCCAGAAAUCAGGUUCCAUUCAGAAGAAACCUGAUGCCCCGUCAGCUCAGGACCCCUGCACCACCAUUUAUGUCGCUGCCACAGAACCUGUCCCAGAGCCUGUCCAGCCUGUGAAGCCAGUGCCUGAACCCACAGACUUCUGUUUUGCCCUCAGGAACCAAAGUCCAUCACAGUCUACGCCAGCGUGACACUGCCGGAGAGCUGACCCCAGAGACUCAGUGAAGGGACUUUCCGCAGCAACGUGGAGGGGCCCGGAUAAGCACCGCGCGUGGCCCCAGGUCCCAAGCUCCCCGCGACGCUGUGCACAUCUGCCUUCUUCUCAGAUCGACGCCCUGGUGAUGCUUCUUCCACAGCCACCCGUGCGAUGGACGAGGGGCCGAGGCUUUCCAAGCGCUCAGCCUGCUCCUCGGGGCUCAGGCUCGGAACAGAGACCUACUUGGUGCAGCUUUCCAGCUCUGUGGUGUAGCAGACGGAAUGAGUCAUGUGGGUCCCAUGAGCUCAGUCCUCCAGGAGUCUUGCCCCUUGCCCGGACCGGACGAUAAGAGCCAAAGGCGGGAAGCUGGGGCCCCCAGUGCCUCCCAGGCAGCUGCCCACCAGCCACGAAGCCUGGGACAGCUCACGUGCCUAUGCCUGGUCCUGGGAGCCGACCCCGCUCCCCACGCAGCCCCGAUCAGGGCCCUGUGCCUCACUUUCUCCCUCUGGACGGGCAGUGAAGGGUGAACUCCUUAUUAUAGGUAGAACACUCUGGGAUUAUUCAAUGAAAGAAGCUAAUAGAGUCAGUACUUUAUUUGCAAAACCCGGAAGCUGAAGGGUCAAUAAACCGACAGCAAGACUGUGAAGUCUCUGAGCUUUGAAUAAUGGAAGGAAAAUCACCUAAGAGUCUCAAAACAUUACAGGGUAUUUAAGUAUAAUAUUAUAGAACAUAUAAAUAUAUAUACUUAUAUAUGUGAUAUUUAAGUAUUUAAGAACUCUGAAAAAACGUUCCAUGCAGAUGGCAUUAGGUUUAAAGAAACGUGACGAGAGUUGGUGAUGACACCGUUACAGAGGAAUUCAGAAUUAUCAGAAGUGGCCCCAGGCUGAUCUUUCACUUCUCCAAAUGAUUUUUGAAUCCCUGUUUCUCUGUUGACUCCAUUGAACAGCAGUGUUGAGCCUCAGCAGAGACCCUCUCGCCACGUUCUGAACCCAUUUUAUACCCACAGGGUCCUUACCAGGCACCUGUGCCCCACCCCUCCUCACGCUACAUUUAUCCCGAAGUGGAAAGUGAACAUAUUGUGACCCGACAGCUGCAAGUAAUUCCACGCUUCCUGACUUCAAUUGCAGGCCAGAGACAGAAAGUGUCUCUUUCAGUAAAGUCCUAUUUUCUUCCUCUUCUUGCUCUCAGACAGGCCUUCUUCAGUUUAAGCUCUUUUUUUCUGAUAGGUUCUUCUAUGACCUUAGUGAACGUGGGUUAGGAAAUCACCAGCAAUCUCACAACCAUAUGACGAGGGUCACCGACUGUUCAGCUCAAGGACGCUGAGUGCCAGGGGCACUGCUCUCGUCCUGAUGGAACUAGACCCCGACUCCGCCACCCCCUCCCCUGCCUCAGUUGGACUCAGCAGGCCAAUACUGCCGGUGCCCCGUCUGCACCAGGGUGACCUCCUCCUUGUCUCUUCCUUUCUUGUUUCUAGUUCAGAGUUGGGGACUGAGUGGCCAGUUCUAGGUCACACGCCCAUGUCCUACCUCCAAGGGAGACUGGGAAUUGAGUAUCUGGAACGUUCCAUUUUCGUAGUGCUUGGUGGGCUCUCCCUCUUAGGAGUUAGGAAUUCUGCAAACGCAAGCAUUGGGUUUCAAUUCUGGGAAGGCAGAAAAAGAAAACAAAGUUCUCUACACCACCCUGGUAUAAACUGAGGCUCGUCAGCUGUCUAUUCUCCAAAACUAAGGGAGCUACUAUCAAGGAUUUGUAAACUCUGAGGUUAUGAGCACUCGGUCCUUUACUACGACUCACAUUGUUCUAGCAGAUCGGUUCCCGACACCUGGGUUUUUCCCGUGGCCGAACCCCACCCGGUGGAAGGAAGGAAACAAAGUGGGGAAGAAGAGACUAUCCCCUCAAAAUUCCCAGGCCUGGGCUCAAGACCUCACUGAGGAGGAUGGCCGUGUCGUGCGGACCUUCAGGCUGACCUUCGAAUGACAUUUGACGUCCUGUUCUGCACCAUCCAGGCUCCGGGUUCAAGCGGGAAAGCAGAGAGCCCUCAGCUCACACCCUUCCCCGAAGGCACUGUUGCUGGGCUGGAGCGUUCCUUUUCCUCAGGCCUAAAGACGAAAAAAGUCCAGUUUCCCCGUGUUUCUUCCCUCGUGUCUUCUUUUGACUGAGCGUAUCUGAAUUCUGGAGAACUCAAGAGGAACAGACCAUUCUCGGGCUUAAGGGACUGGUGGUGCUCUACAAUACGGGCCGGUGUGGUCCCAGGCCUGUCCAGGACACUCAGUCUGGCCACGCGAGCUGAUGUGCUGGUAAAGGGUGCAUAUGGGGGCUGAAGGACCACGAUUACAGUAAGUUACGUCUCUUCCUGAGUUGUUGUUUCUACCUCCUGGAAAUGAAUAAAAUUCAGACAAUCCAUCAA